AAUCCUUGACAAGUUGUGUCCUCAUUGUCAACUUUAAAGUGGGGAAGGGCUAAGCUGGGGUUGAGGGAUUUGCUGCUCCCCCACCUUGCAAUCCUGUGCAUGUUUACUCAGAAGUAAAUCCCACCCUGUUGAAUGGGGCUUACCCACUAGGACUGGCGUCAGUUUUGCUGAGACGGCACCUCGGCAUUGCACCUGCACUCUUUGCCCACUCACUUCUCCCUGCUUCUCAUCACAUCUGUGGCUCCCACUGGCCCUCAGAAUUAUCCCCAGGCCAGCAGAACAGCUUGGUCUCCUUUGAGGAGGUAACUGCCUGUCUGUCCAAGGAGGAGCGGACUGUGCUGGAUCCAGGCCAAAGGGCUCUCUAGAAAGACGCCUUGCUGCGGAUCUGGGAAUGUGACUUCUCUGGGUGAAAGGCAGGAAAAAAGCAUUUUAUGGAUCCCUUUGUGGUGUCUUUGUAAACAAGCAAGCACAAAGUGGGAAAAGAGACAUCUGGGAAUAGAAGUGACUUAAAAGGCAGAAGGAAAAUCAAUGAAAGAAGAAAUCCUGUACUUUGCAGGGUGCUGUUAUCAAUGAACUCUGGAUCCCAUAGGAAGACCACAAAGGGAAAAGAAAAGGAAAGUGUUCAGUGUGGGAGAAAAUAUUAAAAAGUAAGCCCAAGUAAAAUUGCGGCAGCUACAGAGGGGAAAAAACAUAUCAGUGCAUGGAGUGUGAAAUGUGUUUCAGACUCUCACCAGCUUACUCCACAUGAAAGAACCCAUAUUGAACAGAAAGCAUAUGAGCGCAAGGAAUGUGGAAAGAGGUUCAGCAUGAGCUCUCACCUUACUUUACAUCAAAGAACGCAGACGGGGAGAAAUGAUAUGAAUGCAUGAGUGUGGAAAAAGCUCCAGUCAGAAGGGCCACCUUACUCAACAUAAAAAACAUACGCAUGCAGAGGAGAAACUGCAUGAAUACAUGUAGUGUGGAAAGUCCGUCCGUAUAAGAACUCAGCUUACUUUAUAUCAAAGAGCCCAUACAGGGAAGAAAAAGUAUAUAUGUACUGAAUGUGGAAAGAGCAUCAGCAUGAGAAAUAAGCUUACUCUACAUCAAAGAAUCCACACAGGAGAGAAACUAUAUAAAUGCAUAGAGUGUGGGAAAAACUUUAGUGGUAGAAGUGUUCUAACUGUACAUCAAAGAAUCCACACAGGAGAAAAACUCUAUAAAUGCAUAGAGUGUGGGGAAAACUUCAGUGGUAGAAGUGUUCUAACUGUACAUCAAAGAAUCCACACAGGAGAAAAACCCUAUAAACGUGCAGAGUGUGGAAUGAGCUUCAGUCAGAGGCAUCACCUUACUUCGCAUCACAGAACCCACACAGCGGAGAAGCCAUAUAAGUGUCUGGAGUGUGGAAAAUGUUUCAGUUCUAGUCAAAGCCUAGCUUCCCAUCACAGAACCCAUACAGGGGAGAAGCCAUUUAUUUGUCUGGAAUGUGGAAAGAGUUUCAGUCACAGUAGUAGCCUUUGUUUACAUCAAAGAACCCACACAGGAGAGAAACCAUACAAAUGCAUAGAGUGUGGCAAGAGCUUCAGUCAGAGCCAACACCUUACUUCACAUCACAGAACCCACACAGGGGAGAAGCCAUAUAAAUGUCUGGAGUGUGGAAAGUGUUUCAGUCAGAGCUCACAGCUUACUUUACAUCAAAGAGUCCACACAGGAGAGAAACCAUAUAAAUGUAUGGAAUGUGGAAAGACCUUUAAAGAAAGCGGCAAACUUACUUUGCAUCAACGAACCCACACAGGAGAGAAACCAUUUAAAUGCAUAAAGUGUGGGAAAAGUUUCAUUCAGCGCCAACAACUUAAUUCACAUCACAGAACCCACACAGGGGAGAAGCCAUAUAAGUGUCUGGAGUGUGGAAAGUGUUUCAGUCAUAGUAGAAGCUUUUCUUUACAUCAAAGAACCCACACAGGAGAGAAACCACAUAUAUGCAUAGAGUGUGGAAAAAGUUUCAGUUGGAGCCAAAGCCUUACUUCGCAUCAUAGAACCCACACAGGGGAGAAGCCAUAUAAGUGUCUGGAGUGUGGAAAAAGUUUCAGUUGGAGCCAAAGCCUUACUUCGCAUCAAAGAACCCACACAGGGGAGAAGCCGUAUAAAUGUAUGGAAUGUGGAAAGACCUUUAAAGAAAGCGGCAAACUUACUUUGCAUCAACGAACCCACACGGGAGAGAAACCAUAUGAAUGCAUGGAAUGUGGAAAGAGCUUCAGUGAUAGUAGAAACCUUUCCUCCCAUCAAAGAACCCACACAGGAGAGAAGCCACAUAAGUGUCUGGAGUAACAUCUUACUGCACAUCAAAGAACCCACAGAGGGAAGGAUACAAAAAUGUAUGGAGUGUGGAAAGAACUUCUGUCAUAGCAAAAGCAUUAUAGUAGGGCCCCCACUUUACGAUGCUUUGCUAAUGCGGCUGUCUCAAUUAGAUGCAAUUAGACUAAAGCUCCACUCAUACGGCGCUUGUUCCACUUUUACGGCGGUUUUCGGGCGUCGUGCACCAUUCUAUUGAUUGAGGUCCACUUUUCGGCGGUUUUUGCUUUUUGGCAGGGGUCCAGAAUGUAACGUGCCAUAUGAGUGGGGCCCUGCUGUACUUGAUAUUAAAUGAAGUGACUGCAUUAUGGCCCUAUCUUCAGAUUAUGUUCCUGGGACAUUAUCCCUGCUCCUAGAAACUGUUGACAUGGACUCUAACAUAAACAGUAAGCAAGGUUCAUUACUGACUGGCCUGUUUGGCCUUUGUAAUAAAACGAAGACGGGUGUUGCUGUCAGAUAUUAGCUUAUACUAUUUGGGCAGAUGCAAUUCACUAAACCUUGAUGUGGCUAACAUUACUGAAUUGCAACCCACCCUGGAUCUGUUGAAGGAAAGGAAAUAUUAAUAACAAUAUGCCCCUAGUUUCUUUUGCCUGAGUAGAUACAGGGACAGAGUUGACUUCUGUACUUGUUGCAGGGUUUGAUCAUUUUCUUUGUUUCACUAAAAGAUGAGUUUUGUCUACAUCUGAGAGAGAGUUUGGUGUGGUGAUUAGAGUCAGACUGGAAGCUGGACGACCAGGGUUCAAAUCCCUGCUCUGCCAUGAAGCUCACUAGGUAACUUUGGGGCAGUUAGGUGAGCCUAAACUACCUCACAGGAUUGUUGUGAGGAUAAAAUUGGCAGGGGGAGUGUGAUGUUCCUGUAUGUGAAUGUAAUGUAAAUAUGGUAAGUGCAGGUUUAUUAUAGGAAAUACGGUAAGUGGAGUGAGUGAGAAGGGGGAGUACAUGGGCUGUAGAAUGCUGGAUGUGGAUUGGCUGUGUGUUUGAAUGGCUGAGGGUAUAAAUGAGAGGAUGACAGUUGAGUUAUGGGGGUGUUGGACAAGGUGGUGGGUGUUGUAGAGUUGGUGGGGGUUGAAGAGUUGUGGUGUGGAGAGUAAGAGGUGGCUGUUGAGAGAUUGGAUUGGGAGUUCUGAGGCAAAUAUUAGGAAUAAGGAACAUAAGAGAAACAUAUAUGAAACCAUAUGCUUGUCAAUGAAAUCUGUAAGUAGUCUUGUUAUUCUUAGUGUUAUCAAUAAAUAUUUUCUUGGUUUACUUAAAGGCUGAUUCCUUAGCUGGGGGUGCACAGGUCAGGGGGGGAGGCAGAGUAACUAAGGCUGACAAGAAAUAGUAUUGAAUGGUGGUAGCGGCAAAGGAAGAGAUAUUGUAUCAACGUCCAGUACCACAGAGCAACCCAGUGCUGUGAGCUUCAUAGGCAAGAGGCUUCAGGGGGGUCGGGAAUUACCUAUAGACACAGACACAAGGUAUCAAAAUAGCCAGGAAGAGACUAAGGCACAGUCUAGAGGCUAUAUUGGGUACACAGAGUGUUGAGUAGUGUGGCCUAGCAGGGGGAUCUUUUGAGAUCUGUGCUAGAGCGGAGACAGGUAAAAAUAAACACGAUGAUCCUGACUUGGGGUGGCCAGAGGUAGGCUACAUGUCAUAAGGUGGGCCUGACAGAGAUGAGACAUCUCUAGUGGUCACAGAGAAGGGAAGGAUGUCACUGUGAUGUUCCUGUAUUAAUGUAUGUAUGGUAAGUGCUGUUCGUUUAGGAGAUACAUGGUAAGUGGAAAGAAAGAGGAUGAAGGAGUAAAUGGGCAGUAGAAUGCUGGAUGAUUGGCUGAGUGUUUAGAAUGGCUGAGAGUAUAAAUGGAAGGAUGACAGUUAAAUCUGGGUGGACGUUAGUGGGUUGUUUGAGAGGGUGGACGUGAGUGGGUUGUUUUGGUGGGUUUUUUGAGAGGAGAUUGUGUGGAGAGUUGGUGGAUGUGAGGAGAGUGUGGAGUUCAGAUUAAUACUAAGACAAGUACCAGAAAUAGAUGAAACCAUAUGCUUAUGUGCCUUUAUAAAGUAAUCUUGUUAUCUUUGUUAUUUAAUAAAUACUGUAUUUGGUCUACCAAAGGCCUGAUCCUUGGCUGGGGUUUCACAGACCAGAAGGGAGGGUAAGGUAAAUACCAAGGCUGAAGGCUAACAAAUGGUGGCAGCGGUGAAGGGGAGAAUAUAACACCACAAGUAUUCCGAGCAAACCAGGAUUAUCUGCAUUGAUACAAAGGGAUUGGAACAGCUUAAGCACGCAGUCACAGAGGUAACCUGAUUGAGAGAGACUCAGGCAGAGUCUCUGGGGAUACUGGUUAUAGAACGUGACUGGUGGUGCUGCCUAGCAGGGGGAUCUAUUGAGAUCUGUGCUAGAGCGGAGGGAGAAACCAUAAAAAAGGACAGUCUGGACUGGUGGAGUCCCUGGUGGUGCCUAGUGACAGGCAGUAGCCACGAGCAGGUAGGAACCUGACAGGGAGAGCCAGGGAAGGGCGUCACAGUCACAUGUGGUGGCUGUAGCGGUGGGAUAUGAACAACAGAGAGUCCCUAAAAGUGGUGUGGCUAAAAGGAAUAACAAAUAAAGAUUACUUGUGAGAGUGACUGGCAAAGAGUGUGUGAGCUCCGAAAAACAUGGCUGAAUAUAUGAAAAUGAAAAGAGAGGAGCUGGUGGAGAAAUGCAUAGCGUUCUAUUUACCUCAUGAGGAUAAAGGUGUAGAUGAAUUGUGAGUAGCAUUGAUAACAUUCGCAUCAAUCCAAUCCAAAGACCCUGUCAAAGAGACCCUAUUUAAUUUAUUUAUUUUAUUUUAUUUAUAUACCGCCCUAAGCCCGAAGGCUCUCUGGGCAGUGUACAUAGAAGAUAAAAACAAGUACAAUGUAUAAAUACAAUAAAUACAAUGAAUCAAAAACAAAAAACAGAGGAACAAUACAAGAACCAAACAACGUCAAGAAUACAAAAUAAGAGUACUCUAAUUAAUAAAGGGUACUCUAAUUAGAAGGGUACUCAAGUAAUCCUACUUAUAUAGAGUAUUUAAGAGAAAAGGUAAGAUGGGAAGCUGAGGAAAAAGACAAGCAGUGGGUCUUUGCAACUGAGAGAUUGAGAAUGGAUGCUGAAAGAGGGAGAAUGGAGGCUGAGGAGAAGGAAAAGCAGCAAAUGUUGGAGAUUGAAAGAUUGAGAAUGGAGGCUGAAAGAGGGAGAAUGGAGGCUGAGAUACAAAUGGAAAAGUUAAAAUUAGAAAGAGAGAAGUUUCAUUCUGAUGAAACAAGGAAAGACAGAAAUGAAACAAAAAUAAAGAUUACGCCAAAAGACUUUGUGGUAUAUGAGCCUGGACAAGACCCACAAAUUUACCUCAACACAUUUGAAAAGGCAGCUUAGAUGUGGGGGCUACCAGAAGAUAAAUAUAUGUCAUAUUUAUCCAAUCUAAUCAAAGGGGAACUGGCAGAGAUAUACCAAUAUUUCCCCUCAGACAGGCCAGUAACUUAUGACAAAUUUAAAGAGGCAGUGUUCAAAGAAUUCAGACCGGGAUCUGACUAUUUUAGGAAGUUAUUUAGAAACUGCCAGAUCCAAACAGGGAGGUCUUUUGUAGAAUUGGGAGCAAAAUUGAUGGACAUAUUUGGAAAGUGGAUGGGGAGUUCAAAGGCUCAUUCAGUGGGUGACAAGCUUCAUGAUACUGGACCAACUAUAUCAUCAGUUACCAUCAGAAAUAAGGCUCCUGGUUAAAGACCGUUCCCCUAAAUCUGUUCAGGAGGCAGCAGAGUUGGCAGAUCACUUAGCCUCAAAUAGAACUGGCUGGGUGGGAAAAACAUCAAGAGAGUUUAAACCCAGACCCAGUAAUAAUGGCAGAAGGGAUGUGGUACCACAGCGAGUGAGUCCUCGAAUAAAAUCAGAAGGGCACAGGACACCUCAGAGUGGGUCUGUGUACCCCAAAAUGGAGGAAAAAUUAUGCUAUAAAUGUGGUAGGCCAGGACAUCUUCGCUUCCAAUGUGAAGUUGCCAACCCUAUUGGUAAUCCUGCUCAAGGAAGAGCAGUGAAAACAGAACCAAGAGAGGGAGAAAAGAAGAAAGUUCAGUUCUGCCAGAUAAACUGGACAAAUGUAUAGGACUUUGAUUCAAGUCUGAGAGAGGAAGUGAGUGUGCAAGGGGCAAAAUAUUGGGCUUUGCUGGAUCCUGGUGUUGCUCAGACUUUACUGAGGCCAGAUUUGGUAAAAUCUGAGGAAAUUUUACCUCAGGAAAAGGUGAUAAUUCAAGGAGUGAGGGGUGAACCAGAAAGCAUUCCCAUGGCCCUUAUAAAAUUAUUAUUAUUAUUUAUUCAGCUUAUUAUAUUUUAUUUAUUCAGCUUAUAUCCCGCCCGACUAGCAAACAGCUCUCUGGGCGGCAAACAUAGCAACAUAUACAAUAAUAAAAUUACAACGUCAGUAUAACAAAUAUAAAAAUACACCAUCUAAAAUAGAAAUUAUAACAUUUACAUAAAUAACUUAGAUUAAAAUGCCUCAGAGAAGAGAAAGGUUUUAACCUGGCGCCGAAAGGAUAAUAGUGUCGGCGCCAGGCGUACCUCCUCGGGGAGACUAUUCCACAAUUCAGGGGCCGAAUGGAGAGGAAAGGAGGAGACCUGUAAAGUGGGUAUCAAUGCCCAGCAAUAAGAACCAGUGAUACUGGGAAGAGAUGCUAUGGGAGCACAAGGAAAACUAUAUGUUGUGACCCGAAAUCAACUGAGCAAGGGAGCUGAAGCCAUUUUGGCUGGCUCUGAGCAAAACAGGGUGGAAUCUGUGGCUGAGCCUGAGGUUGCCAUAGCAACCCCUAGUGAGCCUGAUAUGAGACAUUGUUCAAAUGGUUUCUUCUGCUGAGGCACAACAGUUCAGAAAAGAGCUGGAGAAUGAUAAAAGUUUAAAACAAAUAAAGGAACAAGCCCUUCCACAAAGAAUCCCCUUUACAGAAAAUCUGAGGGAUCAAAUAGUGUGUGAGAAUGGGGUACUGUACAGACUGUGGUUGCCUGCUGAGAGAGAGAACUGCUGUGAACCAGUCAAACAGUGCCUAGCAAAUAUAGACCUAGAUUGCUGGAUAUGGCACAUGAUGUUCCUUGUUCAGGGCAUCUUGGAAUAAAAAAGAUGAAGAAAAGGCUGACAACACAUUAUUAUUGGCCUAAUAUUUCCAAGGAUAUAAAACAGUACUGUUCCUCCUGUCUCAUUUGUAAAAAAGUGGGGAAAAGUGGGGUAAAAACAAAAGCACCCUUGAAGACCCUUCCCAUAAUAGGACAGCCAUUCUAUAGAGUGGGAAUAGAUUUGGUGGGUCCUUUCUCUAAACCUAUGAGACAUGGCAGGAAAUAUAUACUAGUAGU